UCCCCCCCCCCCACCUCCAGCUUCGACACAGCCGAGAGCGUUGUGAUCGUGGCCUCUCAGAAGCGCGCCCUGGGCGGCCGGGAGCUGCAGCUGCCCUCCAUGUCGGUGCUCACCUCCAAGACCUCCACGCAGCGCUUCUUCCUGCGGGUGCUGCAGGUCAUCAUCCAGCUCCGCGACGACACGCGCCGUGCACAUAAGAAAGCCAAGCAAGCCGGGCGCCUGGGUGCCGGGGGCCUCGGGGCGGCUGGCAGCAUCCAGGCGGCCGUCCGGCAGCUGGAGGCCGAGGCCGACGCCAUCAUACAAAUGUCUGAACCCGGCCCGGCAGACGGCACCCCCCGCCGCGACGAGUCGCCCAUGGACGUGGACCAGCCCUCGCCCGCCCCCCCGGAUGCCCCUUCUGUGGGUUCAGAGGGGCCGCAGGGGGGGGAACGGGAAGAGCGGCCCCCCCCGGAACUGCCUCUGCUGAGUGAGCAGCUGUGCCUGGAUGAGCUGUGGGACAUGCUGGGGGAGUGCCUCAAGGAGCUCGAGGAGUCCCACGACCAGCACGCCGUGCUCGUCCUCCAGCCAGCGGUCGAAGCCUUUUUCCUGGUGCACGCCACGGAGCGGGAGAGCAAACCUCCAGUGAGGGACACACGCGAGAGCCAGCUGGCCCACAUCAAGGACGAGCCCCCCCCGCUGUCCCCCGCCCCGCUGACCCCCGCCACCCCCUCCUCGCUCGACCCCUUCUUCUCCCGUGAGCCUUCCUCCAUGCACAUCUCAGCCAGCCUGCCCCCCGACACCCAGAAGUUCCUGCGCUUUGCUGAGACCCACCGCACGGUGCUGAACCAGAUCCUACGGCAGUCCACCACCCAUUUGGCCGACGGCCCCUUCGCCGUCCUCGUCGACUACAUCCGCGUCCUCGACUUCGACGUCAAGCGCAAGUAUUUCCGCCAGGAGCUGGAGCGGUUGGAUGAAGGACUGAGGAAGGAGGACAUGGCCGUGCACGUGCGGCGCGACCACGUCUUCGAGGACUCCUACCGGGAGCUGCACCGCAAAUCCCCCGAGGAGAUGAAGAACCGACUGUACAUCGUCUUCGAGGGCGAGGAGGGGCAGGACGCCGGGGGGCUGCUGCGCGAGUGGUACAUGAUCAUCUCCAGGGAGAUGUUCAACCCCAUGUACGCCCUGUUCCGCACCUCGCCGGGCGACCGGGUCACCUACACCAUCAACCCCUCGUCCCACUGCAACCCCAACCACCUCAGCUACUUCAAGUUUGUGGGGCGCAUCGUGGCCAAAGCCGUCUACGACAACCGGCUGCUCGAGUGUUACUUCACCCGGUCCUUCUAUAAACACAUCCUGGGCAAGUCUGUCCGCUACACGGACAUGGAGAGCGAGGACUACCACUUCUACCAGGGCCUGGUCUACCUGCUGGAGAACGACGUCUCCACGCUGGGCUACGACCUCACCUUCAGCACCGAGGUGCAGGAGUUUGGGGUGUGUGAGGUCCGGGACCUCAAACCCAACGGAGCCAACGUGUUGGUGACGGAGGAGAACAAGAAGGAAUACGUGCACCUCGUCUGCCAGAUGCGCAUGACCGGGGCCAUUCGGAAGCAGCUGGCCGCCUUCUUGGAGGGUUUCUACGAGAUCAUCCCGAAGCGCCUCAUCUCCAUCUUCACGGAGCAGGAGUUGGAGCUGCUCAUCUCCGGGCUGCCCACCAUCGACAUCGACGACCUCAAAGCCAACACGGAGUACCACAAGUACCAGGGCAACUCCAUCCAGAUCCAGUGGUUCUGGCGGGCGCUGCGCUCCUUUGACCAGGCGGACCGGGCCAAAUUCCUGCAGUUUGUGACAGGGACAUCCAAGGUCCCUCUGCAGGGCUUUGCUGCCCUCGAGGGCAUGAAUGGGAUCCAGAAGUUCCAGAUCCACCGCGACGAUCGCUCCACGGACCGCCUGCCCUCAGCGCACACCUGCUUCAACCAGCUGGACCUGCCGGCCUACGAGAGCUACGAGAAGCUGCGGCAGAUGCUGCUGUUGGCCAUCCAGGAGUGCUCCGAGGGCUUCGGGCUGGCGUAGCCCCGGCCCCGCCUAUAAAUAUAUAUAUAUAUUUUUCGGUUC